CUUCAUGCUGUAGUUAUUUGGACGGAGCCGCGUGAAUAACGGUGAGCAGUCGGUGUUUAACUACCUGAUAAAUACACCUUCACGCGCUUCUCACAGGUAAGCGCGCGAGACUAAAAGCCAAGGCGAUCGGGCGCGCGAGACGGUCUGUUCCCUGUUUGUAGCGUGAGUCCAGUUACAUCACCAGCAGGCUUUAAAAGGCCGCCCAGCUCACCGGUGGAGGUAGAGCGGAGACACGCAGCGAGUGACACACAUCUCUUCCUACUCGGACCGUGCCAGGACACACCACAAGCGGAGCAAAUGGACCUAAAUUACCGCCCAGGCACGAGAAAACCCCGGAGGUCAUUCUACAACAUAAAGCUGUUUGUCUUGUGCCACGGGCUCCUUCAGUUCUCUCAGCUGCUCUACACUACCUACUUUAAGAGCACCAUCUCCACAAUUGAGAAACGCUAUGGCCUCAGCAGCUACUCCUCAGGAACCAUUUCCUCUCUCAACGAGGUCAGCAACUGCAUCCUCAUUGUGUUUGUUAGCUACUUCGGCAGUAGGGUUCACCGUCCUCGUGUCAUUGGCGUCGGCGGUCUGCUGAUGGCUGUCAGUGCCAUGAUGAUCACCUUACCUCACUUUCUGUCUCAGCCCUACGAAUAUGCCUCUGUUUUACACAAUCGCCAUGAUAUUUGCAACCUACACGACAACUCGACCAGCACAGAAUCUUGUGGCCGUGAAGAUACCAGGCGAUUGGCUGACACGAGCCAACUGUGGAUACUUAUGGCCAUUGCUCAGCUGCUCUUCGGCGUGGGCUCGGUGCCCAUCCAGCCCUUUGGCAUUUCCUACAUUGAUGAUUUUGCGGGACGAGAAAACUCCCCUCUCUACAUAGCCAUCGUGUUUGCUCUAUCAGUAUUUGGACCUUCCGUUGGCUUCCUGCUGGGCUCAGCAAUGCUGCAGAUCUAUGUGGAUGUUGACAGAAGUGGUUUGGGUGCAGAACAGGAGUUGAAAAACAACGAUCCCCGCUGGGUUGGGGCUUGGUGGAUGGGUUUCCUUAUUACCACUGGCUUUCUGGUUCUCACCUCCAUCCCUUACUUCUUCUUCCCUCGCGAAAUGAAAUCAAAGGUGAAUAGGACCUUGAGUGAGACUGACUCAAACAAUGACUUAAAGAACAAGGAUAUAUCUUUGCUUGAUUUCCUUAAAUUGUUCCCUAGAAUGUUUGUCCGCCUGCUCCUGAGUCCUUUUUUGCUCUUGCUGAUCCUGGCCCAGUGUUGUUUCUCCUCAGUCACAGCAGGCCUAGCAACCUUCCUUAGCAAGUUCCUGGAGAGACAGUAUGGGGCUUCAGUUGUCCGCACUAGCCAGCUAGUAGGUGCUGUGAAUCUGCCAGCUGUGGCUGUGGGGAUGCUGAUUGGUGGUGUCAUAAUGAAGAGAAUGGGACUUUCUCUGAAGAGUAUCCCACGCUUCUCUGUCAUUAUGCUGACCAUUUCCACCCUCCUCUGCGUCCCUCUCUUCUUCAUGGGCUGCGACACACAGAGAGUCUCUGAGGUCAAUGAUCAGCUGGGACAGUACAGGCCAUUAUCCAAGUGCAACAUCAGCUGCUCCUGUCCUGAGAGUGCCUUCCAUCCUGUCUGUGGCUCUGAUGGUGUUGAGUACAUUUCUCCCUGCCAUGCAGGCUGUACAAACUUCACCAAAGACCCCAGCAACACUUUAAGAGUUCAGCUAUAUACCAACUGCAGAUGUAUAUCUGGGGGUCAGAGCCAUGCCCGUCCAGAUCCUUGUGAAAACAACUGCCCUCAUUUUCUCCUCCCAGUCAUCCUGAUCAUCUCUCUAGCGUCGCUGAUUGCCUGCCUCACUCACAACCCGUUAUACAUGAUGGUGCUCAGAUGUGUUUCCUUUGAGGAGAAAUCAUUUGCUAUAGGAAUUCAGUUCUUACUUAUGAGACUAUUAGCCUGGCUUCCAGCUCCAGCACUCUUUGGGUUGGCCUUUGAUAUGUCCUGCAUCUGGUGGAGAACAGUGUGUGGCAAGCAGUUUAGCUGUGGAUACUAUGACAACAACCUCAUGAGGCAUCGAUACUUGGGUUUACAGGUGGGUUAUAAGAUCAUGGGCAUCACCCUUCUGAUCAUCCUGGGUUGGAAAGCAAAACUGACCCAGGAGUACGAUCUGGAGAAGAAGUCAGAAAUACAAGUGUGAUCUCAUAACGUUGCUAUGCAGUAGAACAUUUUGAAAAAGAGUGUUCCUUGGAAGGCUGCAUCAGUGAGAGGAAUCCAUAAUCAAGAUUUGUCCUCAGUGACCAUGAUUUCUUCAGCUCCAGUUUCUGCCAGUUGCCUCACUGCUGUAACUGAGGAUGUUUUCCAGAAGAGAUACAUCCAGAGGUUUUUGGAUUUCUUUAUGGAGUAUGAUAUUCAUAACUCUGAAAAUAUGACAUGAUACUUUCACAUUGGAUCAGGUGUGUGCCCACUUGGUAUCGGUAGGUUAGUAGUAAGGCAAGAGAAGACACAUGGACACAACCUGCAUGGACGUACCAUCCAGCACACUUCUGAUCCAAUUUGAAAGCAGCUUUGCUCAUUAAAAGACAAGACAAUUUAUAAAUCACUCAUAUGUACUUCACAAAAAUUAUUUUGCAUCGAAGAUAGGAAUGAAAUAAUUAUUAAAUAAACAGCUAAAUAUCUUUGAACAUUACGUGUUCGUAUUAGGUUGGAAUGAACUUUGGUUUCUGUUUGCAUUGGGAACAUAUACUAUAACUAAUGAACUAUAUAGCUUAAUAUUUAAGUUAUUUUCUACAUAUUUGUCUCAUACCCAGAGACAUAUCUAAUAACACCAAGUCUGGUUUCAUGUAUGAUCAUAUGUAAUUUUUUGAUGAAUUUUCAGAUACUGAGCACCUACACUUCCUUUUAUAUUUUUAAAUAAAAUAAAUUAUGCACCUACA